CUUCAUUGACUUCAGACAUGCGUUCAACCUCAUUUUUCGCCGCAGCCGGCGUGCUCGGUGCCGUUUCGGCAACACCUAUUGCACAACAACAAUACGGCGAACCGGCACAAGAGGAAUAUGUGGGCUACUUUGGCACAUUCUUCCCUCUGCAGGACGAGGCCAUCUAUGGCUGGCUCUCGAAUGGCAACGACGCACAUUCAUGGCAACAGUUGAAUGGCCCUGCUGGAAAUGGCUCGAUACUGCGCUCCAACGUUGGAACGACUGGCGUGCGAGACUCACAUCUCAUUCCGAGCCAGGAUGGCAGCAAGUGGUGGCUGAUUGCUACCGACUUGAAAGUUAAUGACUUCAAAGAGGACUUCAAUGAGGCUACAAGGUUCGGUAGCCGAUCAAUUGUGGUCUGGGAGAGCGAGGAUCUUGCUACGUGGAGUGAGGCGCGGUUGACCGAGCCUAUCGUGGAUGUCAGCGCUGGCAAUGUGUGGGCUCCGGAAGCAGAUUGGGAUCCGCUUGUAGGAGCGUAUGUCAUGGUGUACGCUUCCCGAUUCUGGGAUCCUGCCGAUGUGAACAGGACUGGACCUCAGCCUCCAAACAGACUCAUGUACUCAACCACCCAAGAUUUCGUGACAUUCUCCGAGGCCAAAGAGUAUUUCUUCCCAGGAUACCCCGUCAUCGAUGCCACCUUCUGGCAUGCCACGGAAGAAGGACCAGACGUCUGGUACCGAUGGAUCAAGAGUGAAGUAGAUUACCGCAUCUACCAAGAGCGCUCUGAGAAUGGUAUUCUCGGCACUUUCACUCGCGUGGGAGGUGCAUCCGAAGAUGAACGCAUUCGUUUCGCAGAUCAAUACGAAAAUAAUGAAGGUCCUCUCAUUUUCCGCGAUAAUGUCGACCCUGGACUCUACCAUCUAUGGAUCGAUCAGAACACUUUCCAGUCAUAUGUGCCAGCGACCGCGAGGACGUUGAACGAUAUGGCUGCGUGGCAGGUAGAGUCGCUGAACGGCUUUCCGAAUACGAUCAAGCAUGGCCAAGUGACUCCGAUCACCCAGAAGCAGUACGAUACGAUUGUUGCAAAGUACUCUUUCGUUUAGGACGCCAGGCAAAGACGAGGGACAUUGUAGAUCGCUUCUUUCAAAAUACAGACGGC